CCACAACGCACCGUCGGCCGAGCCCGUUGUAACUCAAAAUAUCACCUCUUCGGUCAUAAUUCCGAGUGCAAAGUAAUACUUCGACCCAUAAUGACCAAGGUCAAGCAGUAUCCGUCCCCAGAUACGCCCCGGGUGCGAAUAAUCGUGUUGGAGACGGACGAGGCUCACCCCGACACUCACGAGGAGAAAGGUAGUUUCGGGGAGAUUCUGCAUAGUCAUUUUCAACAUGCAGGGGUCGAACAUACGCCCGCACUAGCUGUGGACACGGACAUAAAAUUCGUGGUGGAAGACAAAGGGGGCACCGUUCCCCAGCUCGAAGAGUUCGAUGAUUACCAAGGAGUCUUGAUCACGGGGAGCAUGUACAAUGCUCACUCCAACACUCCAUGGAUCUUGAAGCUCAUUCAUGUGAUACAAGAACUAUGGCAGCAUCGGCCAGAUCUUCACCUCAGUGGCGUCUGUUUUGGCCAUCAGCUGCUAUGUAGAAUGUUAGGCGCCGAGGUCGCUCCGGCCGAAACGCAAAACUGGGAGCUGGGCCACUCGAGGAUCGACCUCUCGUCCGUGGGAAAACAGCUGUUCCGCACAGAGGACAGCAGCAUCUACCUGCACCAGAUGCACCAGGACCAUGUGGUGGAGCCUCCUAGUCCCGAGCGGUCGAAUGGAUUGCUUAGAUCAGGCACGAGGGUGGACGUCUGGGGCCACAGUAGCCACACAAAGGUGCAAGGCGUCUACAUUCAGGGGAGACUGUUCACGACGCAGGCGCACCUUGCCUUCGACGAGGACAUGGUUAAACGUCAGAUACAGAUGAGGAUUGACAGCGGGGGUAUCGAGGAUUUGGAUCAUGCUGACAGAGCUGCGGCGACAGCACAUUGGCAGCACGAUGGCGAUGUAGUUGCUGCAGCUAUAUUGAGGUUCUUUCAUGGUGAUGAUGAUAGCAUCGAGUAA